UAAUAAUCCAAAUGGAAGCAUAUUUCUCCGGUUCCAAAAUAAUGUUCCGUACUAGAUCGUUCCCAGUUCCAAUUCCAGACUUUCUCUCAGAAGGAGCUGUUAGGACCAGAGCUGAAGUAGCCGAAGAGCUGCUCACCAGCCAGAACCCCAAGUUCUCCUUCAAGGCAGAAGUUAGUUAUGGUGGAAAUAUCUAUGAACCCAAACUUCUCUCAGAAUGCCCUUUACAAAGAAAGCAUCUCAAAAAUAAGCACUCGUCUAUUUUAAUAAAGGGUAAUGAGACCGAAGUUACCUUAAUGUGGAAGCUUUUACCUGAAGAAGAAGAUGCCAAAAUUAGGAUUCAUAUUAGCAGUUCUAAGGAUUCUGCCUUAUUAAAAGAAGAUGAAGAAUUUCAAACUUCUUUGUUAGCAGAUAGUUCUCAGAAAACCCUUGUAUUUUAUCACCCUUAUGAUUGAAUGGCGAAGAAACUGGUAGACCUUACCAAGGGACUCCCAAUAACCAUGGUUCAGCCAGUCAGAGAGAAUAUAACCUUCUCAACUCGAUUGAUCAUCAUCGACCAAGAUGGAAGGAUCCUUCUUACAAGGAAAAGAUGCAAUGAAGAAUGACAACCAGGAUGGGGUAUUCCAGGCAAAGGAACGAAUCUCAGUCAGAAUUUUUUAGAAAGUCAAGCAAACAAUUUAGAAGAGGAAAUUGGUUUAAAUAUUAAAACUUUCUUUCGUGAUUUUCCUCAUUUUGGUACUUUGAGUAAAGAUAAAGCUCGGAACUUUAAAGACUUCUUCUUAUAUGAAAAUACAAGCGACAGAAACCACGAGCAGAGUCUGUCGAUAGCUCAUCAUGAAUUUAUCCUAUAUAGUAUGCUUCAGAUAGAUUUACCAGCGAUGGUAACAUAUCCUGAGCCUUCACAGCUAAUAAGAAAGGAUUUGUAUCAAGACAGUAAAAAGCACACACAAGCGGAGGCUACAGAUAAAUAGAAUAAGUCAUUAUAACUACCUCACCGAGGCAGCUCGAGUUAGAGGUGAACUCAACCCAGAAGGAGCAAGAUUCAAACCCAAAAGAGCACUAAAGGACAAAAUUGAAAAAGAAUAUAAGAAGCAUAUAAAAGAGAGCAUUAAGCCAGAAUUAAGUAAAGAUUGAACCGCAGAUGCCUUUGCUUGGAUACAUUUUGAACAGCUAAAUGCUCUCAUUCGUUCAAAUCCCAAGUAUGCCUUAACAUUAGCUCCUUCUGAAGAGACCAAAGAGCCAGCUUUAGAAGAAGCCUAUCCAGAAAUCCUUGAGUCCUCUUUUAACUUCUAUAUCUUCAAGGACGACAAAGAAACUUGAGAAAGAGGUAGUUUUAAGAAGUUAUACCCAGACUAUCCUAAUAAAUUCACUGGUGAAGGAAUUCUUAGAGAAGACGUACCUGCAAUACUCAUGUUAAUAAGCAAUUUAAAUGGAACAAGAGAUUUUAAAGCGUUACAUACAUAAAGAAAACUCUCCUUCAA